AUGUCUUUGUGGUCUCUGUUGCGUGCGUUGCCCCACACACGCACAGCCUUCGACCCUUCAGGGUUUGGUUCUGUGCGUACCGCCACAAAACGCGCCGGAGGUACCGUCGCAAACCAUGGAGGUUCUCCAGGAAAGCGGUUAGGCGUCAAGAAGUUCUCGGACGAGUACGUCAUUCCAGGCAACAUUAUUGUCCGUCAGCGCGGCAGAGUAUUCCAUCCUGGCCAGCAUGUUGGGAUUGGCCGUGACCAUACACUGUUUGCUUUGGUGCCAGGAUACGUGCGCUUCUACAGGAAGCCACACGGCUUGCGCGACGAGCGGAAAUACGUUGGAAUUGCUUUGACCAGGGACGAAAGAUUGCCAAGAGAUGAAGCUGCCCUCGGCCGCAGUCGUUAUUUCGGCUUUGUCGACCUCAAUACGUGGAACAAGGAGCCCUCGACACCAGAGUCAGCUUGA